CAAAGGGGGUAUUGGGACAGAUGUGUUAGAUCGAUUGAGAUUCGCUGACCUUGAGGCUUGUAGCUGGAGAGUGGAGAAUCAACGAGAUACGCACUAUCUGGCUGAUUCGCAUGCCGUUGAGAGAGUGAGAUUCAUACUAUACUGCAGCUUGCGCAGUACAGUAUACAUCUUCGAGCUUGGCAGUAUAUAUCACCGCGUGACUCCUGAACAGGAAAUCAAAAGUAGCAAAGGAAGAGUCACCCAUGGAGAAAGAAGGGUUGCCAGCGCUGGGCUGGGCCGCGAGAGACACCUCCGGCCACCUCUCACCGUACAGCUUCUCGAGAAGGGUUCAGGAGGACGACGAUGUGACCAUCAAGGUGCUCUUCUGCGGGAUCUGCCACACCGACCUCCACAUCGCCAAGAACGACUGGGGCAACACCCUGUACCCCGUCGUUCCCGGGCACGAGAUCGUCGGCGUCGUCACCGACAUUGGCCGCGGCGUCGACGGCUUCAAGAUCGGCGAGACGGUGGGCGUGGGGUACUUCGUCGGCUCCUGCCGAACGUGCAUCAGCUGCAGCAAAGGCUACGAGAACUACUGCGCCAAGCUGGAGCUCACCUCCAAUGGCGUGGGCCGCGACGGCGAAAACACACGCGGUGGGUUCUCCGACGUCCUCGUCGUCAACCAGGACUACGUCCUCCGCGUGCCGGACACCGUGCCCAUGGACGGGGCGGCGCCUCUGCUCUGCGCCGGCGUCACGGUGUAUACCCCGAUGAUGCGGCACGGGCUCAACGCUCCCGGCAAGCACCUCGGCGUCGUCGGCCUCGGCGGCCUCGGCCACCUGGCCAUCAAGUUCGGGAAGGCGUUUGGGAUGACCGUCACAGUGAUAAGCUCAUCGCCCGCAAAGCGCCAGGAGGCGCUCGACCGCCUCGGCGCCGACGCCUUCCUGCUCAGCAGCGACCCCGAGGAGAUGAAGGCUGCGGCCGGCACCAUGGACGGCAUCAUCGACACGGUGUCGGCGGGGCACCCCAUCGUGCCGCUGCUGGACGUGCUGAGCCCGAUGGGGCAGAUAGUGCUGGUGGGCGGGCCUAGCGAGCCGCUGGAGCUGCCGGCCUAUGCCAUCGUGCCGGGCGGGAAGGGCAUCGUCGGGAACCUCGUCGGCAGCAUCAGGGACUGCCAGGCCAUGCUGGACUUCGCGGGGAAGCACGGCAUCACGGCCGACGUCGAGGUCGUCAAGAUGGACUACGUCAACACGGCCGUCCAGCGGCUCCAGAGGAACGACGUCAGGUACCGCUUCGUCAUCGACGUCGCCGGAAGCCAGCUGUAGAUCGGACGCGCGUCGCCGCGUCGGUUAUCUCGUGUGUGAACCUCUAGCUUGGUCGGAAAGUGCAUAAGUGA